AGUAUAACGUCGAAUGUUGACAACCUUCCGAAAUCCAUCAAAGAAGUAUGACAACCAGGUUCAGUCCGUUCAGCCAACUAGACAACAUUUUGCUGUCCGGAGGUAAACCAGCUGUGAGAUUUUUUCCCCUCGAUGGUGCCAGGAACCUAUUUGAAAACUAACAGAGCUGGAACAAGGACAUACACUUCGUAGUCCAGAUCUUCUUUCUCUCUUGUUUUCCACUGAAGACAAAUGAGUCAUGGAUCAAGCUGUUGUGGACAAUCCUGUUACCCUUGUGAUCAGGGCUCCCAACCAGAAAUAUGAUGACCAGACAAUCAACUGCUACCAGAACUGGACUGUGGAGAAACUCAAAGCUCACCUGUCUGAUGUGUACCCGAGUAAACCUAGCUCCAAAGACCAGAGGCUGGUAUAUUCUGGAAAGCUCCUGCUGGAUCAUUUUACCUUAAAAGAUGUGCUCAGAAAGCAGGACGAGUACCAUAUGCUCCAUCUGGUGUGCGCCUCACGAACCCCUCCCAGCUCCCCAAAGCCCACCCGCAGCUGCAGUAACAAGCCCCAGGAGAGCACAGCCCGUCCCACGGCCCCUCAGAACUCCAAUGGAGUUGGUCAGGAUAGCCACUCCUCUACGGGAGGGAGCAGUGAUGGACUCAGACACCGAGCUGGAUCCUUCCCUUACCACCAGAUGUAUCCACAAUUUAUGUACAGCUGGAACCAACACUCUGCUCAGUCGAUGCCUCCCGCAAAUAUGCCCGCUUAUUACAACCCCAUGACACUCAUGUGGUGGCAGCAGCUGUAUGCCAGGCAGUACUACAUGCAUUAUCAGUUACUUGCCGCCUCCUCUCAGCACCUCAGGCCCGACCAGACCUCGACCCAGUCUAACCAGUCCCAUCCCCAGAGUCAACGACCCCAAGUGGGUCGCCACGGCAACCCAGAAGUCCAGAUGAAUGCCCAAGGAGGGGAGAUCCUGAACGAGGAAGAGCUCAAUCGGGACUGGCUGGAUUGGGUGUACACAUUUUCACGCGCUGCCAUCUUACUCAGUAUAGUCUACUUCUACUCGUCCUUCAGCCGCUUUGUCAUGGUGAUGAUGGCCAUGCUGGUGCUUUACCUGCAUCAGGCCGGCUGGUUUCCGUUUAACCUGGAGAACGAACUUCAGCUUCCCGGAGACGGAGCCAAUCAGGAUGAUGCCGAGGGAGAGCCACAAAACCAAGACUUACAAGAAAUGGAAGGAGUGUUGGAUGACGGUUCUGAUGAUGAGGAUGGGGAAAGCGGAGAGGAAGGAGCGGAAGAUCCUAACAGCGCCCCCCACACAGGCUUCUUGUCCUCCACAUGGUCAUUCAUCAUAACCUUUUUCAUGUCACUCAUCCCAGAGGGGCCACCAAACGGCGCUAACUGAACCACAAGCACUAUGUGCUGCCACAGUUCCCCACCGAAGCAUUUUCUUUAAGAGGAGGGUGAAUAUCUCUCCAGGUUAGGGAAACUCUUUCUUUUACAAUGCAGUGUUACAGUUUCCCAAUAGUCUACGUGAAACUUUGAGCAGAACCACAGCAGGCCGAUUUAAAAAAGGAAAAAACGGCAAUUUUACGUCAAGUUGUUUUGUUUGUCUGAACAAAGACAAAUAUUUUAAACUAACCAACGAGAAGUUUGUUCACGGUGUAUGAAUUGAUUGCUAUCGACGGCAUGUAAACAUAGGGACGACAAUUAACUGCUGCGUUUUUGGCACCUAAAUCCUUAUUUUUUCUUUGUAAGAAGCCAUUGUUGAAAUAGUUGUUUUGCUCGAAUUGUAAUGAAUUAUUUGUAAUUGUCGUUAUAUUACAAUAAGACAUUUUAAAAGAGCCACGUUAGUGUAAAAGCUGAAUUUCAGUGAUUAAUAGUGAAUCAUGUAGCGCCUGUAAUACAUGAGUUAUUUUGGCCCAAGACUUUAUGAAACACAUUUGUACUGUGUUUAAGUGAAACCCAGUGAUGCUGGCUGGUAACGUGUGAUUUUCUUGUUUGUUUGUUUUUUAAGGAGAAACGAUGCUUUCAGACAGUCUCAGAUUACUGAAUGACAGAAGAAAUUAUUAUUUUGACUGAAGUUCUGGCUGUUGAGAAGACAAUAAAAAAAAUCUCACUGUUUUUUGAUUGCUGUGCGUCUCUGGAUUUUCUGAAAAUGACCAAUUCUAACGUUUAUUAAAAUCCUUUUUAUUGUAAUUUAA